AUGCGUGUUACUGUAUUCUUCUUGGCCAUAGGGCUAGCUACUGCGUUGGACAAUGGUCUUGCACGAACUCCGCAAUUGGGAUGGAAUACGUGGAAUUCAUUUGCCUGCAGCAUGAAUGAGACUGUCAUUCUAGAUGCAGCCAAACGAAUUGUCGAGUUGGGCUUCAAAGAUCUCGGCUACAAUUACGUCGUGCUAGAUGAUUGCUGGUCUGCUGGUAGAAACUCUUCUGGAUACCUCGUUCCAGAUAGUCAGAAAUUCCCCAAUGGAAUUGCAGAUGUCGCGGAUAAGAUUCACGAUAUGGGAUUGAAGAUUGGUAUUUAUUCCAGCGCGGGUACCAUGACUUGCGCGCGUUAUGCAGGUUCUCUGGGGUAUGAAGACAAGGAUGCUGCUGUCUGGGCAAGCUGGGGUAUCGACUAUCUCAAAUAUGACAACUGCUACAACCAAGGUGAAGAAGGAACGCCAAAGCUUUCCUAUGAUCGGUACAAUGCCAUGGGCAAAGCUUUGAAUUCCACCGGUCGGCCUAUCCUGUAUUCGCUGUGCAAUUGGGGAUCUGACGGGCCGUGGAACUUUGCUCCCACCAUCGCCAAUUCAUGGCGCACGAGUGGUGACUUGACCAAUGUUUGGAAUCGGGAGGAUGUUAACUGCCCUUGUGCUGAACUGGACGGGCUGGAUUGUAAACUUCCAGGAUAUCACUGUUCAGUUAUGAACGUCGUCAACAAGGCAGUGUACUACCCGUCUAAGGCAUAUGCCGGCGCAUGGAAUGACCUCGAUAUGCUCCGUGAGUUUCCUAUCCGUGUUAUGAAUUAUCGUGUAUUCGUCACUGACAGGGAGCGUACAGAGGUCGGCAAUGGUGGUCUGACUGAAGACGAAGCCAUCUCACACUUCAGCCUGUGGGCAGCCCUAAAGUCACCAUUGCUUAUGACCAACGUAAUGACCAAAAUUGACGCCCCUACUCUUUCCAUCUUGCAAAACACUGCUGUACUGGCAGUCUCCCAAGAUCCCCAGGGAUCGAGCGCCGUUCGGAUCUGGCGUUAUUACGUCGACGACGGUGAGAUUCAGAUGUACAGCGGACCUCUCAGUGGAGGUGACCAGUUAGUUCUGCUUCUGAAUGGAGGAACGAAAGCCCGUGACAUGAACGCGACUUUGAAUGAUAUCUUUUGGGAGAAUGGACCCGAUGGCACUGCAUCGCAGGCAAAGAGUAGCUGGGAUGUAUAUGACCUAUGGGCUGGACGGAUGAGCAAUGCCACUGCCAAUGCGAUCAUCCAAGAUGGAGAGAAUGCGACACGGCCGAUCAAUAUGACGGCUGAGGGUGGUGCGAGCAAGGUCUAUUCGCAAGUGCCAUUGCCAACAUCAAAGGCACUGAUGGGAUCAAAAAUUAGCACGGUCAAGCCUGGUGGGAGCGUAUCUGCACACGUCAAGCCGCAUGGAGUCGCUAUGUUCCGUCUGCGAGAGAUAAAGACAAAUGAUGAGCUUUGA